AUGACGGCGAUUAUGGAGCCUGACACUUGCGACAUCUCCAUAGACCUUAGGUCUCUCGAAGCUGUGUCUGAAUAUAAUACGAAUCUGAUGUGUCUGGUCUGCCAUUGCCCGUUCAUCACACCAACAAGGCUAAGAUGCGACCACAUCUUUUGCCGGUCUUGCCUGGAUGCCUGUAUCAAGUCCUCGAGUGACCUGAAUCAGUUCACUCAACCAAGUGAAUUCCUCUGUCCUACCUGCCGCACACCAACAAACGCGACCUACACGACCGUGCCGCGACUUAUCGUUGCCAUGUGUGAUGAUAUACUGGUAAAGUGUCCAUAUCAUGCCGAGGGCUGCGCCGAGACCAUCCAGCGUGGACACGCGCAAGUUCAUGUGAACAAAUACUGCGAGUACCGUUGGAUGCCUUGUCCGGAUGCGCAGUGUGAUAAAAAGAUACGAAAGAAGGACCUGGGUUCGGAAAGCCGAUGUUUGCAUACUCUUGUUGACUGCGGGCAGUGUGGGGAGUCUGUUAUGGAACUUGAUUUUGAGAAUCGAUAUGUCCUGAUUGUGGGGAGGCAUUCUUCAAAAUCCAUCAUAAAGACCACGAAGAGAAUUGUUCGAAGGCUACUGCACUAUGUAGUGCUUCAAAAUAUGGCUGAGCUCGAGGAGCACGAACAAUCCUGCCCACUAGCCAGGCUAGGACCGUACCUCGAAAAUCAAGCGGCAAAGCUCGAAACCAUGGACUCCACCAUCCGACAGCUGAAACAACAGAAUUCCCUUCUCGAAGACAGCAUUGCUAGCCUGCGGUCUGCACUCGCACAGUCGACUUCUCGCCCUCCAUCAAGAGUGCAAUUGGCUGCAAAUGUUGGGAAUGAAACCACUAGCCUUCCAUUACCCGACCCACACAGGAGCGCUUCUCCAUCGAGAGACGCUCGCUCAACAUCCCCGUCGGCUAACUCCUCAGCUCCCUACCAUAACAAUACAACCACGUACCUCCUUUCAAUCCACGAGGCCCUGCGGGAGGAGGUGCUGCAGCUUACCACAACAGUCGCAGACCUUGAAGCACGUACAAAUAUAUCGAUGAUGAAUGAUAAUCUUCGUGUGAGGGAAGACAUGGCCCAUCUCACCGCCGGACUUAACACGGUCAGGAUGCAGGUCCACCUGCUCAUGAACUCUCGACUACACCACAACCAGAGGACGCCCAUCAACGCUCGUGCUUCUUCAGCUGCCGGCAGCAGUACUAAUGGAGGAAGUGUGGAAGGCCCCUCUGGACAAACCAGGAUUUCCACGACCGCCGGACUCGAGCCACAGAGAGGCCGACGACCAAGCGAUAGUGGCUGGGAAGGGACGAAACUAUGA